UGAUCAUCUUCAUUAUAUACAAUCUCUGCUCCACUCUCACCAGCAGCGGCAGCAGCAGCUCUGAUCAGCGGAGAUGGGCUGAAAGCUCAGAGAGGACAGACAGACACAACAACACCGACAGAAAGAGCAGCAGCAGCACAAGAAGGGACGACUCGGGAAUUUUUUCCAGGUCCCGCUCGCCCCCUGCUCCUCUCCACUCCCGGCCCCAGCAGGCCAGGGAAUGUCCCGGCGGCGAGAUGCCUUACGUGGACCGACAGAACCGCAUCUGUGGCUUCCUGGACAUAGAAGAGACCGAGAGCAGCGGCAAGUUCCUGCGUCGGUACUUCAUACUGGACACGCAGCAGGGAAGCUUGGUCUGGUUCAUGGACAACCCACAGAACCUGCCCACUGGUACAGAAUGUGUUGGCUCCCUCAAGCUCACCUACAUCUCUAAGGUCAGCGAUGCCACUAAGCUGAGGCCCAAGGCAGAAUUCUGCUUCGUCAUCAACGCUGGGAUGAGGAAGUUCUUCCUGCAGGCCAAUGAUCAGCAGGACCUCGUGGACUGGGUCACCGCUCUCAAUAAAGCCACCAAGAUCACUGUGCCAAAGUUGUCCGAUGGGCAGCAGAAUGCAGAGAACCAGAAGGCUUUGCCGGAUGUCGUAGGGCCCAAGAAACAAGUCUCCUAUAAGACAGAGAUCAUUGGAGGAGUCCCCAUCGUCACCCAGACACAGCAUGACGGUGGUGACGGUGCAGACAGAGCGGAGCGCGAGGCCAUGCAUCGCUCCCACAGCCAGCUGCCGUACUUCCUGGGCAGGCCGACUCAGGAGCACACCGUCAUCAAGUCAGGCUACUGCGUCAAGCAGGGAGCUGUGAUGAGGAACUGGAAACGGCGAUACUUCCUACUGGAAGAAAACUCAAUGAGUUACUUCAAGUCAGAUUUGGAGAAAGAGCCUCUGAGAAUGAUCCCACUGAAGGAAGUUCACAAAGUCCAGGAGUGCAAACAGAGUGACAUCAUGAUGAGAGAUAAUCUGUUUGAAGUCGUCACCACAUCAAGGACGUUUUACAUACAGGCGGACAGCCCGGAGGAGAUGCACAGCUGGAUCAAGGCCGUCUCAGGGGCCAUUGUGGCCCAGCGGGGGCCUGGGAGGUCUGCUGCAACAAUGCGGCAGGCCAGACGGCUGUCGAACCCCUGUAUACAGAGGUAUACGUCUCGAAUCGGGGAGUGCAGCAGCACUCUGCUGCAGCUGUGUACCUGUCUUAGAUGUGUGACAUCCUGCUUGUCUCUCCUCUUCCCUCCUGUUCGCUGCCUGAACACGGCGGCCGUUCCAAUUUCUACCGCAGCCCCGCGGGUCCCCCCGUCCCUCGCUCGCCCAUAUCUGCCAUGCCACCAUGCUACCCAGAGUGGGGGGCUGCUGUCACGUGCGGCCCACGCUCGCAGCCUGGCUUGGGACAGCGAGCACUUCAUGAGCCUGCUGCCGCGGCCCAGUCACAGCCACACGCCAGCACGCCUGUCCCUGCAGGAGACGCGCCUGGCAAAGUGACCCGCGAUCCACCUGCGACCACCAUUAACAACCCCGAGGAGUCACUAUGGCGACGACGGAGCAGCUUUGAGCCCCACAUGCCGGAGCCGCCCCUGGACCUGGAUGACGCUGACCUGCCGGUGAGCGAGGUCUGAGCUGGACAAUAAAAAACUUUCAUCUGGUUGGAUGUUGACAGAGAUUCAAAGAGGAAACGGUGCGCAACAGGUGUUUUAAAAAAGGAAAAAAAAAAAAAAAAAAAGGGCAGGCAUUGGUUCUUCAAACCAAAGCUGUUGGCGGAUGACAAUAACGUCACAAACUCAUAUUUUGAGCUCCUCCGUCAGUGCCGUCAGUGUGCUAAAGAAACAAGCCGGGUCACCACUGAACUGCACCCGCGUGCCAAAGACGACCCAGUCUUCACCCACAACCCCCUCCGCUCGCCUGCUGUCGCAUUUACAACGAUGUAUUUAUUUACCAAGAGUUGAUGUUGUCAAACUAAACUACACAUUUUAGUUAACAUGUGCUGAUUAGAAUUCAACGACAGAGCUUUAUUUGAAUCUGUACAGGCACAAUAAUGUGACGGAGGAUUUUUGUAAACCACUUUGUGCCAAGAAAAAUAAGGGAGCUUUCAAAAGGCUGCAAACUAUUUCCUCUCGUCUGAGAGAGAGAGAGAACAAGUGUUCAAACUGAGGACUGGCUUUUCAUCCCCUCUCUUAUCUACUCAUUUAAACUGUGUGGUCCACUCAUACACUCACUAUUGCAACCCUGGAUUUUUAUGCUAAUGUUGGGUCAAACCCAUAGACUGUAUAUAAAGAUGGACGACGACGCAUCUCCACUUCCUCCCACUGUACAGAGGUGAAGCCAAAAUAUCCCGGAUACGGGAGUUGCCAUCCUGAGAUAUUGACGUCAUUUGGAGCCAGAGUCUGCGCAGUAGUGAUCGGGCAGUGAAGCCGCGGUAUAGAGGUCACCCGCCCGACUGUGUUAAUUUCGUUAACAAAUAACUAUGACGAAAUAUGUUCGUCGACAACCUUUUUUUCCAUGACUGAGACGAGACGAUGACGAGACGACACCGAGGUUAUUAAACACUAACAGUGACGAUAUCAAACAUGCAAUAUCGUUGAUGAAAAAUGACGAGACUAAAAUGUAGUUUAAAAACAUAAAAACUUAACCAAAAUCUCUCUUUAUUUUUGUCACCUUCCACCUUCUCCUCCCCUCUCUGUCCAACACACACAGUCUAUGCGCUGCAGCAGCACUCAGUCCGUCUCUGUCCUUCUUGUCUCACAGAUCAGUCCUGACAUUUGUGUUACUAUAAUGCAUAAAGUUUGCGGGUCAAGUCGGGUUCGGGUAAUGAGAUUUCAGAUAAUGAGAAUAUAACAUUUUAUGUUAAAUAAGUUUGACUAAAAUGACAGAAAUGUUCAAUAUAAUCUGAUGACUAAACAGGACUAAGAUUAA